AUGCCCCCACAGCCGGUGGCGCCGGGGGGCCCAACGGAGCCCCGCCCAAUGCCUGGGGCGGAGGUGGAAGGAUCGGCAGAGGUGCCGUGGGCCGAGACCACCGUUGAAGCCCCUACGCCAACCGUUGGGGAGACGGGGAUCCACCCGACGGCCCUCGGUGCUCUGGGAGGCCAUCAGGGAGCUCCAAGCUCCCAGAAGAGUGCUGCCCCCCGAGCAAGCCGGAAGCACAAGGUGGCUUCAGUGGGACAUGCUCCCCUUAAUGCCAUGAAGAGGGGGGCUCAGUCGACCCCUAGGUCAGCGAGGCCCAAGUCGCCACCCCCCUCAAGCUGCGAAGAGGGCGAGCUCUCCCACGAGGAAGGGGGGCAGGAGACGAGGGGGAAGAUGCCAGAUCCCCCAGCGAAGGAGGCGGGGGCGCCGAGGCCCCAAGAGCCGGAGGGGACGAAAUCGACGUUCCUCCGUGGGGAGCGAGACGCCUGGGUGGCCUGCGACGACGAGAGGGCUGCACGGGAGGCGGCUGAGGGGGAGCUCAUGAAGGAGUGCGAGGUUUCUGCCGAGCUUCGGCAGAAAUGCUCGGAUCUCGUGACCGAGGCUUGGGAAGCCCGGGAAAAGGUUGCUCCCUUAGAGAAGAGGGUCGGCAACCUUACCUGGGAGUCCCAAGAGCAAAGCGCUGCUGCCGAGAGGUACAUGGGCGAGGUCGCUCGGUUGGAAGCUUUGCUCGCCGAGAAAGACCUUGCCCUUAACCAAAACCAGGCCAAUUUUUCCGCGGCUCAAGGCAAGGUGGUCCUCUAG